AGUCGACGAGUGGCACCCGCGCGGAUCUUUGGCUCUUUGUCGUCGUCUCCACUGCCUCGUUUUCGCCGUUAGCUUCGUUUCUGAUUGGCUCUGUGGCUCGGUCUCUGGGACAACUUGCAGGAUUCCAAGUUCUGAAGUCCGACAACUCGACCGAUUUCACAUGGACCGCACGGACGGGAGUGCUUCAGUCAGGACCCUGGUGUUCUUCGACGUUGAGACAACCGGUCUCCCAGCCUCGGGAAAGGACGUCGGCAUCACGGAGCUGGCGUGCGUGGCCGUCUCCAGGGAGCACUUCGAAGCGAGCAGGGGGCUGCCAUUCAGAGUCCUCCAUAAGCUGGUGCUUUGCGUGAAACCGCAGGCCCCGAUGGAUCCAGUUGCUGCCAGAAUAUCCGGGCUGACUCUGGACAUGCUGGGAGGUCAGCCGCCCUUCCGUGAUGUUGUGCCGGUCCUUGGCUCCUUCCUGGCUCUGCUUCCGGCUCCUACGUGCCUCUUGGCUCACAACGGAGAUCGCUUCAACUUCCCCAUCUUGGCGGGAGAACUGGACCGUGCCAUGGGAAAGACAAUCGGGAGCCUCAACGUCGUCUGCUGCGACACCAUCGCGGCUAUGAAGCACGUAGUUUGGAGCCAGCGAGCUUCAGGAAAAACAGUGUUGCAGUCACUUUCAUUUUCGCUAGAUGCUCUGCACACGCGGCUGUUUGGUGCUCGCUCCAAAGAUCACUGUGCUGAGCAAGACUGCAUAGAUCUCAUGAGAGUUUGUCACUAUGAUAAGAAAGCAUUCCUCGCCUUUCUAGACAGCCGCAUCAAUACAGGCCCGGUCAUAGGGAAAACAGGCCUCAUCUUGCAGCCUGAUGUGAAGGGCACUGAUACUCACCAGCACAUAGACCAUACGGCGCUCAUGGGAUAUCCGCUUCCAACACCUUGGCACACGGGGGUCAAUGCAGACUACUGGCUUUACAGGAACUGGGGAUCCCCAAUCCCUAGGGCAAACGUGCGACUGGCAUUCGAGUGCCUCGACAAUGCCAUUGGUACUCGUUCUUUCCUCAAGGACAGGGACAUUGCAGAGCUGAGGUGUCUGGUGCCCUUCCUCGAGGUGUGGGACCAGCUGGCACCAGGGGCGCAGGCAAAGAUUUUUGACAGGCUCCGGCUCUUCUGGAUGGCUGCGCAGGACGGCUGGGCUGUUGCUCUCGCAAAUUACACGGACCCCGCCACUGCGCCGCUUCGUGGAGAGCUGCCGCCGAGCAAGCUCCGAUCGGACUCACCAUCCUCGUGGAGCCAGUUGAGGAUGACCCGCUAACAGAAGCAGCAGUGCCAGCGGGCAACGCUCUGGAGAACCCACAGGCCUCUGCCAGUGUAGAGUUUCAUGCUUCGUCUGGAUUGCUUGUAUGUUUCCUCUCGAUAUAUUUGUAUGUCCACAUGAAGCUUUCAUGAGGACUAUUUUUUUAAUGUGUUACAGGCAUUAUGUUUCAUAGUUUUCGAGACAAAUUCAUGUGUGGUCCUCCAGUAUAUUCAAAGAUUGAGUUGGAUCACUUAUGUCAUCUUUUAAGUUUUUAAUAUCAUUGUAGGUCACUUCAAAAGUUAGGAACAUUUAAUAAAGUACCUUUUU